UCAGCUGGUCCGUCCGAGAAAGUCCUCCGACAGCAAAUGUAGUAGUAGAAGAAGAAGAAGGGAGAGGUAUGGCAACAAUGAUCGCGGAAAAUGGUCCUUCGAUUCGUGAGCAGUCUGAUGUGUCCUCAUCAUCCCAGGCCAGGCAGAAACUAGAGGGGCUCCUGAACAAGAACAUGAGGAUCCGCAUGACAGACGGACGGACUCUGGUGGGGCUUUUUCUUUGCACAGACCGGGACUGCAACGUCAUCCUCGGCUCAGCUCAGGAAUUCCUCAAAUCCACAGACACAUUCUCCCAGGGUGAACCCAGAGUCCUGGGCCUGGCUAUGAUCCCCGGUCACCAUGUGGUAUCCAUCGAGGUGGAGGCCGACAGUCUGGAAGACACGCAAGGGUUCGGGGCUAACCACUGACGACACCCCGCCUGCCCGGAGGAGCAGCAGCAGUGUUCAGCAUGACUGACUCCCACUCAGCCUGAUGUAACGGCUGCGGCAGAGCUCAAAGGACAACGGACGUCUUGACUGUGUGGAUUUUAAUCAAGUCACUUCUCCGCUACAGAUGCAGAAAUCCUGCGUCAGUGUUCUGGAUUUUAGCCAUUCCCUUCAUAUGUGAGGAAGUCUCCUUUUUGCAGUAACAGCUGUACAAUACAGCACAUGUGAUGUGUGUGUGUGUUUGUGUGUGUGUGUGUGUGCGUGAGCAAGCUUGCUCGAUGUGUGAAAUGGUGUUUCAGUGUCGUGUACAGUAAACGUCUUUCUUGGACAUUUUGAAAUAAAUCCCUGUAUUUGAGA